AUGCCAUAUAAGUAUGGAAAUGCCCCAGGGUUGUUACAGGAAACUAUUAGUAAGAUAACGUACAAAAGCGAAUACACAACAAGUUUCAUAGGAGAACGUGUCCCGUUGCAGAACUUUCGCAUUCCGACAGGAUUAAAGAUGAUAACGGCAUGGGACGAAGCACGGAAGUCGGAAACUCCUCGUGCUAUCCAGUUGCCUUUUCACCACAGAAUAAAUUAUCCCGCAAGAACAAACGUUCAAGGAAUCCAGCCAUCACCAACAGCACGAGCUAAAAGUGCCCUUCAAAGGCCUUGUGGUAAUGCGUCUCAAAUUAGCCGAAGCAGUAGUCGUAGGCCUACAAGUUCGGUGUCGGCAUUCUCAAAGCGCCAGCGACCAAGUACCGAAGAUUUGGUACUACGACCCCAGAGCUUAGUCCCGCGAAGGCCUCAAAGCGAGCUUUCUCGUUUCUCAAAAGAAUUCCGCUACAUUGACAAACAGUGCUUCUUUCAUCCAGCCACCGAACCAAGUAGGAGCUCAGUCUUUAUAAUAAGCCCUGACUGGGUCUCUGAACGCAAGAAUCACUUUAUUCGCAAAAAUACUCUGUUUGGUUAAAAAUUCAACUUGAGAUUGAACUUGCCUUAAUGUUAUUACGAACUCGUAAUAAGAGGGUAAGCAGGGCUGAACUAGGUCGGUUUAUUUUGAGUAAUUCGGAUUCGUAUUCGUGGCCUUUUCAACUGCCGCCCCCUUCAACUCAUUUUGACAUCCUGUUGACAACUUGUUUGGUUUCAGUUUUCCCAACCAAUCAGAAAUAAAGUGUUGACAGCCUAAACACGACACUAAAGCUCGUGAUAUAAUGUAAAACGUGGCCUUGGCCGGAAUUGGAGUUUGCCUGAACAAACACAGAAUUUUUCCUUGUUGCUAUCUAGCGCAUAGGUGACUACACUGCGUUCUAAACUUGACUGAGUAGAUCUUAUUUUUGCUGCACUAAGUCUUACAUUUAUUUAGAGGUCAUGAAGUUGCAUGGUUUGUUUCAUCCAUAUUGAGUAAUUAUUUCCUGUGGUUAAUGCUUCUGUAUGUGUUGCUGAUUAGAAUUUUUGAUCUCAGAUGAAGUUGUAAAGUACUAAUUUCUUUGACCACUCUUAAAGCCUAAAGCUUUUUAUUACGGCUAAAUAAAUAUUUUAGCCUGUUUGGUCUUUUCCGACUAAAAUGCCUGGAUCUGGAUAACUACAUACCAAGGAGCCCUGGUUUGUAGUUUCUUUGCCCGUGAAUGUUUUGACUCAUGAAUGUUUUGUGUUAAGUGUUGUUUGGAGGAUGUUGUAUUUUUCCGUAUAGCGCGAUCUUCAGAUUUGAGUUGUCGCUUAAACUUAAGCUACACCAAGAGCCAUAAUAGGACAGAGAGGGACUCUCAGGGCGUUGGCCAGGAUAUCUUAAUUUCAAGAAAGCUAUUUUUAGAACUAUGCGGACCACGCGGAAACAGUUUCCGGUAAACUGGUUGACUUCCGGAAGACUCGCUUUCACGAUUUCAGCGCGCCAAAGCGAGGCGGCGUCAACAAAUAAAAAAAUGGCGGCACAAGUGGAGGGACGAUGUGGGGUUGAUAAACUGGCCUUCUUCAACAAAGAACCUACCAUGGAAACUGCUUAAAACUUCUACACAAAAGGGUCCUUUACAAGCAACGGUAGAAAUCGGUUAAAGCGACCGCGUGACCAUCGUUUUUGUUUGAACAGCUGGAAAGAGGACAAGUAGCAUUGCGGCCCGGAUAAGCGUUGAAGACAAAAUGCGCAGGUCCUACAAAUACGACCGUACAAGCAACGAUGUGGACGUAUUUUCUGUUGAAAGAGGAAGGGAAAGAACGUAUAAAGGUUUCCAGUAUUUUUGUCACGGACAAGACCGGGAAUCUUGUGGAACACACCUUUUCCUGCUUGACUGAUAUUUUGUUCCGCACUUCACAUAUGGACAAUUAGCAAUUCUUUAUUGAACACGAGGUUAAUAGAAGCGGAGGUUAAUGUUCCUAAAUCAGUAAAGAUACCAAAAAGCUCAAUUUGAUUGACCGAUCAAAUCAUGCGUGGAAAUCAACGCGCGACAACAUUUCCGAUAUCUGGCCAUCUAUAUUACUUUUUAGAGGGGAAAUUGUAAUCAUACAGGUUUUCGAUGACGAUAUUUCUUCUUUGGCCAUAGCAAAGACAGUAAAGAUCAUGCUCUUGCCAAAACUUGUUGACAAAAUUUCCAUGACAUCUGUCCUUUGAAGAAGACUGUAAAUGGUCAUUUCCUGUUUAGGCUUCAAUACAAUUGUCCUGUUUUCCGGUCAAAUAUUCAAGAUCGACGACGCUCCGGUCAACGCUUCUUUGAUAUUUUGAUUUUGUUUUGCGGAGAUGAUUUGUUCAGUCCCUCGAAACUCUCCCACGGGAGAUUACCAAAAUAUUUGAUUGACGGGCGAACAUUCUGAACCAAUCGGAACGAUCCGUACGCUGGCGUACGGACCGACUCAAACAAAGCUCCCCGUCCGUGCAGGCGGUUUCUCAAGUUGCUCCCUGCUCCCACACCAAUCUCCUCGCGGUUUUUGGCCCGCCUUUAUUAAGUAGCUCGUCCAACCAAAACCGCCAUGCUACGCAGGCUAAUCUAUUGAGCAAUAUUUAAAGAAACACUUGUCUUAAUUUCACGGCACCAAAGGUCACACAAGAGUCUUCUGUGCGAAGCGCGCGAUCUUUACACGCCCUAAGGGCGUAAGGCGUGUAGGAGGGGCGCGCCUCCAAUUUUCUAUGAGAAAAUCCCUGGGCUGUGAUUGGUCGUCUCCAGUAGCCGACUCCUGUCGUGAUCUAUCUAUAGGGGUGUUUUCGAGGCCCGCUGAGGAGUACACCAGGUUGAAGUGGACGGAACAAUAAGUCUUUGUAGAAGUUUUCUGCCCCUUGGCGUCUUUGAUUUUGAAAAUACAGCAUUUUGAAUUUCCCGAUUUUCACAGUGCGUUACACCACAGUGGUAGCCUCGGCAGAGAUGUUUGGUUAUAGAAAAGCUAUCUCCUUAUGAUUUUCAGCAGUUUAAGAGCGAAUGCACAGAAAAAUCGAGCAAACCGUGGCCACAGCUCAAAACCUAACCUACCCUCAUUUUAAGUCUGUAGUAUGGUUUUAAUGAAUUUAUAACACUUCUGAGGUUUAAAUUUCAAAAUGCGGCCGAAUUUGGGAAUUAUUUGAGAUUUUCGAUUUCAACGGUCUGCGGGCCUAAAAUUAGCCGCCGAACACGGCAAUAUAGCCUAGCGACAGAAAUGAGCUGACUUUCAUAAACGAGCGAAUAUAUUGGCAAUCUUCCACUUAAAUCUCAAAAAGCAGAUAUCUAACAAUUUCUAAACAGCACAUUUUUUUAGAUUUAGAGAAUAAAAUAUCGACGAACCAGCACAAUUUUGAAACGUAAUUUGCAUAAUGCUUAUAAAUACAACAAUUUACCGCUAAAACCAAAAUCGAAUUUUCUAUAUGGGGGAAUUCUCCAAAUCACCCCAAAUCCCGCUUACUACCUAAUGAGAUAUAGUACUUCAACAUUAUCUGAAAGUUAGUCUGGUGUUCAUGCGAACGCUUGUAAAAUAGAUUGAUUAUUUUGAGGUUAUUUUGCCCCAAACAACCGCUAAUUGACCCCAGGGUCCGUUGACACGUGCACGUCACCUUAGUUUUACGCAUCGAUUUGAGCUCGUUAAAAGGGAGAAACUAACAAGAUUCAUAUGUACCUGUUUUAAUGAAAUACACGCAAUCUUGAAAAGGAGAGGCCGUUCAAUGGGUAAUUUCUGUUCUUGAGAUCUUGUAGAUUGUACCAUGACGUCUGCGAGUGGACCUGAGUCCAGGUCUGUUUUCCCUUGACUGCGAAAUCAGAAUAACAUCAUGAAAUAAUUCCGCUCGAACCUUCGUAAAUGAAUCAGCUUUGCAGUGUCUUACCUGAGAUAAAAAGUGGGCCGAAUAGGAAAACAUUCUAGCGCAAUUUGGAUCCUUUGCAGCACGUAGUGUAUUUGCUAAGCGGCGACGGUAUCAAUGACUUUUAAUCCGAUUGCGUGACCAAGCAAUUAUCGAUUGUCUCCUGCGAAAAAUAAGUGCACGGGAAACCAAAGAUUUCGGGAUACAGUAAUGAUGAUUAGCAAACAUACUGUCCCACUUUUAAAAAUGGUACAGUAACUGAAUGUCAGCUGUUCUUCUGAUUUUACCCCCAACCCCGGACUGUUCAGAAGAUAUAUUUGCACUACGCAUGAAAGGCAAAUGGAUUAAAUUUUAAGGUUCAAGGCGGUUUUAAGGCAUGGGUUACCAGUGGAUUAGUCAGACUUGUCAUAAGGUGCAUUGAACAGAAAAUUACAGGCAUGAUAUCUCUGCUAUUGUAUGCCCGGCCCAUUAAGUGAUUUUCCAGCAAACAUUAUUUGUUGACUUUUUUACCCCAAAAGUUUUUUCCGUUCAAUUCUUAUCUAUGACAUCUAAACUUAGUUAAAUUUCUGUAAUUUGUUGUUAAAUGCAAUUCUGCAAACAACUAGGUAUUUAAUUUUGCGUAAAAGCUACAUGAAAUUGUACUGUUUAGCCGUAAAUCAUUAAAAAGAGAAAGCAUCACGCUUUCUCUUUUCAAGUCUAGUGGGACUUAAGCAAUGGCAUUGCUUAAGUCCUAGUAGUUGUACUCCAUGUCUGCUAAGGAGGAAAUAGUUUGCUCUUUUCAAGAAAUUGUUCUUGCCCAUUGCGGUUUCAAACGAAGGUUAGCAGCAAGUCUGUCGUGGUCAUAUACUGCUACUUCAGUGCAAACGAAGCAUAGGCGCACAAGUCAGCGCUUGCGUUUAGUCAGGUGCCGAAAAUGAAGUGGAAACUUAACCCCAAGGGCGUCCAUGUUCGCUCCGGCUCGAAAAGGUAGAAUCAGUUGUGCAGUAAAAACUAAUGCGAAAAACCUGCGGGGGCUGGGGAAAGAAAGGCUUCUAAUUUUUCUUUGGCUUGUUCUAUUUUCGCGACGUGGUACAGGCUACGAAAUACUGACAAGCUCAGUAUAUUUCUUCACCACCGAGAGUCACUUGCCCUUAGCCGGACACGCCCCUCACGUAUCAUGUUUCGUUCCUAAAGUUAUUUCAAAGCACAGAACCAAACCUAAUCAGCGGCCGAAGGCAGAAAGGGGGAUGAAAAAACGCAUGUCACAGCAUAUUUUGUAAGAAACUGGUAUCCUUGUGCCUAUCGGCUCAGGAACGAUUGAUCACUACUAGGAUUAAUAUCAGGGUUAGAAUUUGAGCUCUACAAUGGGAGGGAAGGAAGAAAAGGAAACCGCCGCGCACACCUGUUAAGUCUUUUAUAAACUUACUCGUCCUGACGGUUUCAAAGAAGGGCGUUGUGGCUGCUAUUUAAUUUACAGUGUCUGUUGCUGGUGUCUAAUUAAUCUUACAGCAACUGGAAACGUGGCCACGCCUGCUGAAACUGAGAUUGCUUGUACGAUGAACGGCUAUAGUUUGGUAUAUUCACGAGCGCGUUUUGUCCAGUGAACUGAGUGCGCAGGUUUUCUUAACCAAGGGAUGGGGUGGGUCAAGUGAAUAGUUCUGGGAACGUUUGCUCUCUUUGGGGGGGGGGGGUAUAUUUGUUGAUAUCGGGAUUUCUGGCCUGGAUAGAGUCGUUGUAAAGCGCGCUAUUUUUGCUUCGGAGUAUCGGUUUACGGGAAGGUGAGCAAGGAAAAGUCAAUGGUGCAUUUAUGGAAUAAUAAUAGAGAUUCUCAUGGUCUAACGGUGCGAAGAUAAAACUUCUGGUAAGCUGGCAACGAUCAAGGCCCGCAUUAUAAUUCAUGAUAAUUGAAGGUCAUGAUGUGGAAAAAGCGACCGAAAUGGUGGAUGCUAUGCAAUCCUCUCGGGUGGGGGCGGCGUACCUGGCCUUAACGGUUCCCCCUGCGACAGAAAGCAAGCAUGCCCAGAUUGUCCACGGGCUGCUAAAUGAGACCGUCCCUUUCUUAGUACCCGUUCCCUGUCUUAUAAUUAGACCCGGGCAAAUUUCUCGAGUUUGCACCAUCAUUUUGAGCUUAAAGCUUCCAAAGUCCAACAAUAAUAGCGCAUGUUCGCGACGGUUUUUUAAGUCAGUCAAGUUCUUAAACCAGGUCUUAAACGGCCAGUUUUAAGUGUCGAUAACAGUUAAAAAGGCUUACAAGCCUCAUGCAAAAGACAGUGGGAAGGAAGUGCUCAUCGGUGAUGGGGAAAAAGGAGUACCCCACAGUUAUUUAGGGGUGGAUCUUUCGAAACAUUCUUAUACUCUUGGACAGAUAUGCAUUGUUUAAAGUUUUAGACAAACCAGGAGUAAAUUUAUAGUAACAAACUGUUAAAUAUACAUCAGCAAGAUUUUUGCGAAUCCUAUUUUUCGCUGGAGACUAUCGUUUACUGGCUGGUCACGCAAUCAAAGGGAACGUACUUUCCCACGUUUGUUUACUCACCUUUCGCUCAGCAAUACACUGCGUUCCACAAAAGGAUCCAAAUUGCGCUAGAAAUGUUUUGCUAUUCGGCCCACUUUUUAUCUCAGGUAAGGCACUGCAAAGCUGAUUCACUUACGAAGAUUCGAGGGAGAAUUAUUUCUUGAUUACGCUGAUUUCGCAAUCACGGGAAAACAGACCUAGACUCAGGUCCACUCGCAGACGCCAUGCUGCAAUCUACAAGAUCUCAAGAACAGAAAUUACCCAUUGAACGGCCUCUCCUUUUCAAGAUUGCGUGUAUUUCAUUAAAACAGGUACAUAUUAAAAGAAUCUUGUUAGUUUCUCCCUUUUAACGAGCUCAAAUCGAUGCAUAAAACUAAGGUGCACGUGUCAAUUGACCCUGGGGUCAAUUAGCGGUUGUUUGGGGCAAAAUAACCUCAAAAUAAUCAAUCUAUUUUACAAGCGUUCGCAAGAACACCAGACUAACUUUCAGAUAAUGUUGAAGUACUAUAUCUCAUUAGGUAGUAAGCGGGAUUUGGGGUGAUUUGGAGAAUUCCCCCAUAUAGAAAAUUCGGUUUUGAUUUUAGCGAUAAAUUGUUGUAUUUAUAAGCAUUAUGCAAAUUACGUUUCAAAAUUGUGCUGGUUCGUCGAUAUUUUAUACUCUAAAUCUAAAAAAUGUGCCGUUCAGAAAUUGUUAGAUAUCUGCUUUUUGAGAUUUAAGUAGAAGAUUGCCAAUAUAUUCGCUUGUUUAUGAAAGUCAGCUCAUUUCUGUCGCUAGGCUAUAUUGCCGUGUUCGGCGGCUAAUUUUAGGCCCGCAGACCGUUGAAAUCGAAAAUCUCAAAUAAUUCCCAAAUUCGGCCGCAUUUUGAAAUUUAAACCUCAGCAGUGUUAUAAACUCAUUAAAACCUUAUUACAGACUGAAAAUGAGGGUAAGUUAGGUUUUGAGCUGUGGCCACGAUUUGCCGAUUUUGCUCGAUUUUUCUGUGCAUUCGCUCUUAAACAUUUUAAGCGGUACAAAACGUGUUUAUGCGAAUGCUAAUUUGCUUACAAGCAAAAGAAAGUAUUUUUAUCGCAAAAGUAAAAACCUGAUGUCUUUGUUGAUUUCUGGUAACCAUAUUGGUGUCCCAUGUUGGUACACCAGCAUGGCAUCUCCAUACAAAGCUCUAGAAACUUGCGUGAAACGUUUCGGUAAACAACUAAACAACGGUGCGCCGAACAGUCGACGUGAGGCUUGGAUAUGUUGCACAUUUAUGAAUCUUCUGGGACAUUUUUUUUCCUUGCUUCUUUCGUUUAAUGGUUUCAAAGUUUUUUUUUUAUUUUUUAUUUUCAUUGCGUGACAUUGAAAACACUCUAUAGUGACAGCUGAUGCUUUCUAGGAAAUGUUUUGUCCUUACCUUAUUUUGAAUUCAACUGUAAUAUAUAGCUGAACCGAAACAAAGCAAAAUAUAAUUGGAAUGGAAUAUGUAAAGGAAGUCACUCUUCCUCAGUAGUGCUUUGCCGAUUGUGCUGAUAUACUGUUUGGUCAAUUGCAAGAGAACAUAAUAUCGCUUCAUGUGAGGGGAUGUAAGCCAGUAUUUCCACGCCGUGGAUUUCAGGUAUUGGAACUUGCAUUCGGGUUUCCAGUCGUUGGUGGGGUUCCGGAUUCCUUGAGCUGCAUUCCAGAUUCCAAAGUCCAGGAUUCCUCACCCUACAAGCAAAACUUUCCGGAUUCCCUUACAAGGAGCGAACAAAAGAUUAUGUUUUCACGUUCCUUGGUAUAACUGGGAAAAAUUAUAAGGAGCAUAAUUUUCUGUAACAGCACUGCUCAAACCGUGAUAAUACGAAUAUCGUGGUAAAUUCAAAAGACAAAACGAAAAAAAAAAACCUUUUCAUGUUUUUUUUUUUCUGUUUGUAAAGCCUCAUAUAUUUUACGAGAAUUUUGACUUUCGUAAAUAAAUAAAUAAAUAAAUAAAUAAAUAUAAUUUAAUCACUUAUAUUACGCAGGUAUUCAUAAAAAUAAUCAAAUGCGCAUUACAUAAAAAAGCAUGGAAAAAAAUCUAUUUACAAUAAGUAAGAUAAGAAUAUAUACGCUUCCGCCAUAAAAAUCUAAAAUAUCGAUAAGAAACAAUUAAAAUUCAUUCAACCAUACUCAAACUUGAAAAGGUACGUCUUAAGAUUACUCUUAAAAGUUUUUUUUCAGUCCAGAGGCACACAACGAUGGUUUCGUCCUAUAAUAUUUUACCCGUUGCUGAUUGGACAUCCAACCUCCUCCUUAUAGGGCUUUUCCCCUAUAAAAGGUUGCAGUUGCAUGGUGACCUAGAUGCUCCAAUGCAAACGAACAAAAUGCAACAUAUCCCAUUGGUUGACAGACAAAAAGUAUGCCGACAUUAAAGAGAAGGAAAAAAAGAAAAGCCAAACGAAGAAAGGAACUGAAUGGUAAUAGGUGGUGAAUGAUUAGCUAACGGGGACACCUGUUCGAUUCCGUCCCACAUUGUCACGAAUAAAGAAAAUCGCGAUCGUCUACUUUUAAAGGUGAACCGGGAUGAAAACUUCGUCAAAAGGUUUGUUUUUUUUGCAGAAAUGAAUCCAGAAAAAUGCGUCUAAAUCUGCAAUGUUUAUAAAUUGCCUCGUUUUCUGCUCUUGAUUAAGUCCGACGAUAGUUAGCAGUAAAAUGAAAAACCAAAAACGCAUUCAUCGGGGGCACCCAACGACAAGUUUCGGAAAGUAUCUGUUCGGAAGACGAUUUGAGAUCUAGAAUUUUCGGAACAGUUUUUGUAAAAUUUCUUUCUUUCCUGCCUCUCCUGGGAUUUUCGUACAUUUAAAACAUCAAUGGUAUAACUGUACAUUUUUAACCGAUUUUUACCCUAAAAAGGUCAGCUAGAAUUUUCGGGAGCCUUUUUUCUGGCUGAAAUUUUCGAAAAGGUAAGUUUUGAUCCCUAUAAUUUUCGAAACACUGUAGACUUUCAGCUAGGAAAUCCGAACAGAUGAAAAAUUCUUAGGGGAUAAAAAUAUGCCUAUAUCUACCGUUUAAAGUUACCAAAAUACGUUUAACAAUGCUAUGUUUAAGCGGUUUUGAACUGUAUUCUCGUUGGGUGCCCCUGAUUCAUUGGUUUUCCUUCUGAGAGAAUCACUUGAUUUCUUUCGUUUUGGAGUUCCUAUUAAUAUUAAAUAUGAUAAGAGCUGAUGACUGGCGAUGCUAAUUUUCAAGUAACCAGCUACUCUAUGAAAAAAAUGUUGAACUCAGGAUGGCAUUACAACUUCCCUCUUUCAACAUUGUCCAUCAUUAAAGACUGAUUGAUUUUAUGAUCGGCUUUUUUCCAUUGAAGAACACUCAGCAGGGCAAUGGGUCAAUAUUCUCUACGGGAGUCUUUCUAUCGUUUGAUCAUCUGAGAAUAUGUAAAGCUGAAAUUAUUCUAAAACUUGAAACGUAAAGAAGACAAUAAAUAAUAGUAUAUUUUUGGUCCCUUUAAAUUUUAUUUCAACGGCAAAACCGUUUUCAAUUGAAGUAAAAAAACAAACAAACAAACAAACAAACAGAACAAAAUUCUUUACCCAGUGGGUAUAAUGUACCGUGGUGAGGCCAUAUGUGUGAUUAGUUUUUAUUAUAAUACCUGUUUAGUCGUGUCAUUGCAGGUUGUCGAAGUACAUGACUGAGAGCAUUGUUCAUCUAGACGUUUGCCAUUAAAAAUUUAUUACAUAAAUUAAGAACGCACAUAUCUGGUCAUAGAUUCAUAGCAACCAGCUUCGUUUACAAUUAAGUCAUUCAGAAACACCGUUACAUGAAAUAACUUCAAAAAGCAACGUCUCUUGAGUAAGUACAUGCUAUAAGGAUGGCGAGUGCGGUUAAAAACUGGCUUGUUAGCUAGCCUCAGGGGCUUGAAACGAAGUCCAAAGUUGCCUCAGUGUCGAUGUUAGUGAAUUGCCGAAGAAAGUCACUUAGUUAAAAGUUACAAUCCAUAAUCAUUUCUGUGGUACUGGUGCCCAACGCAGCCAUAACGUCAAUUUAAUUUUCCACCUUGGAAUCAAGAACUGUUUCUCAACAGCAUUCAGCUCUAGUAACCUCAAAUAUGUAACUUUUGUAUCCAGGAUAUAAGGCGUACUUCGACAAGUUCGACACCAAAUCAUUUCAAACCGAAUAUACCACGAGAGACUGCAACUCCAAGGAACCCUUGCUACACAGUCAAAUACCAAAGCACCCAUGGAGUGAACCCCGCCGUCCUCCAGCAGCCAGUAGGUACAUAUCGUAUGGAGCUGCAGCCAAACCGACACAUCUAAGGCCACCGUUUGCGGCGCGAAUGUUAAGUUAUGUCCCGGAUGCCGAGGGAAAAUAUACUGAGCAAAAAUCACCUCAUGCAGGGAAAGAAAAAUCGCGUCGGCUCAUGUAUUCCUUUGAUAAAAGAGAAUCUUUCAGAGAAACGCAUUUAACUGAUCUAAGACCAAAAUGUUCUGGCGAUUUAAAUACAGUGCUUACUACCCAGUCGUCAGAAAACGGCUCACCCAAGAAGAAUUUGGCAGACGGUCAAGUGUUACAGAAGCUGGGAGUUUCAUCCCCACACGCC